GUCAAUUCAAAAAGGGUGUCAAAUCCAAAGGUUAGAGUACCUACUGUUUUUUUUAAAUUUUGAAUAAUUAACACUAAUUUACAAGGAAAACCGAAGUUGAUUUGAAUCAUAAAAUUCCCACGAGUUACUAGUUAUUUCCAUUUUCCAUAUAGCCCACAACCUUCGCGGUUUUGUUGUCAUUUGUGUCACCGCUGAUAAAAAGUGAGAGUGGAGGCUAUUUGUACUUUUAGAUAGAGGCUGCUGUACAUACUACAUACAGUAUCAACUAUCACUUAACUCACACCGUUUAGUUGUCUGUGUACCGCGGAUCAAUUAAGACGUGAAAAUGGCAAGUGGAAGAAUCAUCGUGUACGGCGGACGUGGUGCUUUAGGAGCAGCUUGCGUGAACCACUUCAAAAAUGCGAAUUAUUGGGUCGCAAGUGUCGAUCUCAACCCGAAUGAGAGUGCGGAUGUCAACAUUAUGGUGCCUAAGGACUUCUCGUGGGUCCAGCAAGAGGAAUACGUCGUAAACGAGCUUGGAGCGGCGUUACAAGGUCAGAAAGUGAAUGCUGUGAUUUGUGUAGCCGGUGGUUGGGCAGGCGGCAACGCGGCUAAGGAUCUAAGUAAGCAGGCGGAACUAAUGUGGCGCCAGUCCGUUUGGAGUUCAACUAUAGCAGCCACAGUAGCUGCUAAAUACCUCAGUCCCGGAGGUUUAAUUGCGCUAACAGGUGCUAAAGCUGCAUUGGAAGGCACACCGGGAAUGAUUGGUUAUGGUCUUGCCAAAGGUGCUGUUCACCAAUUAACAAAAUCUCUGGGCGCCAAAGAUUCAGGGUUGCCAGAAAAUUCGCUUGCUGUUGCAAUCUUACCUGUGACCUUGGAUACUGAAAUGAAUAGGAAGUGGAUGCCGAAAGCUGAUUUUGGUUCUUGGACACCCCUGAGCUUUGUUGCUGAGUUGUUUGCAAAGUGGAUGAAGGGAGAAGAGAGGCCCCCAAGUGGCAGUCUUGUUGCACUUGUGACUAAAGAUAAUGUAACUGAUCUGAUUGUACAAUAACUUGUAGACGAGCAUUGCCAGUUGGUUUUGGCACCUAUCACGAAUAUCUAAAAAACUUACAUAGAUGAAAAAACUCUUUUCUGUCUGCUCUUCCAACCUAUGUAACAUUGGCAAAGUAAAUUGUAUUGUGUGGACAUAAUAUUAAUGCCAUUUCAAUGACUUAGAUGAAUUAAAAAAAAAGAAUAAAAAUGAAUGCUGUAGCAAACUUCCAUCUUGGAAUUUGGGUUGAUGUAAUGUUAACACUAUAUUAAAUCAGCUUUAUAAAUUAUUAACAACAUACAUUAAUUUGUUAUUAAAAAAAGUUAUCAAUAAGUAAUGUUAUUUGUGGUAUUGGCUGCCAAUCAACAUUUUAGGUAUAACUGAAUACUUAUUCCAUUUAUCAAAGGUUAUGAAUGUUGUGUAACUUAUCUCAAAUUUUUAUUUUAAGAUAUCUGCUGAACAACAAUAAGGGCUAGUGCAGACAAACUCCAAAUGUAGCGACAGCUUUUCUGCAAACAUUUGAAUAUAAGCCUUAUCCAAUUUGAUUGGAAUUGUAUUACUAAUUAGUUUACUGACUGAUUUUUUUGUGAGAUAUUGUACUUCUUCUGUUGUUGCAGAAGCUGGUAGCUGUUAAAUAGUGCUGGUUUUUUGGUUUCCUUUAUAUCCUAGUUAUAUCCAUUUAUUUUGUGAAACACUGCUCAGUACUUUGUCUUAAGCUAUGUCUUGGGUUUGUUGACUACAAGCUAUGUGUUUGCUUGUUGUUGAUUUUAUCUUUAAAAUGAAUAGGCACUUUACAAGUCUAGGUGUCCUCAGAAACAUUUUUGCUACCUUUGUAGUUUGGUCUGCACUAGCCCUUAAUAGUUAAUAUGUUUAGUUUAUAAGUGAUAUGAGUUUUUGAUGUCUUUUUACUUAAUUAUAUGUAAUAUUAUGUUGCAUCAAAUUACAAGGGAACAAUCUCAAAGUAUAGAAAUAUUAAGUAUGUUUUAAAUAUUAUACUCUCUAUUAAAUAAUAUAUUAAUAGCUCAUAGUAAGAAUAUAAUAUGUAUUGAAAACAAUAAAAUUGGUGUGAUAUUUACUCAAAUAUUAAAUGCUUAAAGCAUUAAAA